GGAAACGAGGCAAGUAAAUAUAUCUCAACAUGAUAUGUGUCAUCAAAGUUAAUUGAAACAGUUUACCUUGAUUGUUUUCUGCCAGAUAAAUGAUUAAGAUUGCUGUAAAACUAUACCAAGUAAUUCAAUUUUGUAUGGGAUUAUCGAAAACUUCGUAAAAAGUGUGAUAUUGUGUCUAAAAACUGCGCAGACGAUCGUGUUUUACCAGGUGUUUACAAAUAUUUUACUUCGGGUAUGUCACCCGACCCCCGCGUCUUUUAAUUUCCUGGAGUAUCAAUUCAUUUCUUCUGACACUGGAUUAUCAUUGCAGAAAAUUAGGUUGAUUAUACUUUUCGUUGAUGAUGUAGAGAUAUAGAUUUGAAUGAUCUGAAAUGCAUAGGUCAUGUACAUGUGUAGACUGUUACAAUUGGUUUCAUGAAGAAUGCCAAUGAAAGUGACUGUCUGUUUUGAUAGAGUCAGAGUUAUUGUUCCAUGUGGAGAUGGUGAGAUUCCAGUGCACAGUUUAAUAGAAAAGGCCAUCACAAGGUUUAAAAAAGCAACAGUUAAGUCUGGUGAUUAUUGGGUAUCAGUAAACAACCUAAGAACAACUGAUGGUGGAAUACUAGACCCUGAUGAUUUACUGGUUGAUGUGGUUGACGACAAAGAACAGCUUGUAGCCGAUUAUGAGGAGCAGGGAGCCAAUAACUACCAGCCACACAAUGGAGAUGGUGCUAGUGCCUCGUCAACAGGAACAGCUAGUCCAGAACCUGUAGAGAGACCUCCUAAAACAUAUCACACUGUAAAUGAGGAUGACACAGUGGUUGUCACACCUAAAGAUCUCUCAGCUGGUUCGAGGUUAAGAGUGCGAAGAGGUAGUGAACCCACACUUCAUACGCUAAAUGACAAUGUUACACCUCCUGCUACAUGUGAAGUCAAAAAUGUGAUCGAGGAACAUUCCUCUGACGGAACUUCUUCACCCAGAAAUGGAACUCAGAAUCCUGCCACCACUAAUCCAUUUAACAGAUUCGCGAGGGACUCAUGGCGGCAGUCCCUUGGGAACAGGCCAGACAUGUACAAAUGGUUGGUGGCUCAGGAAAAACAACAGGACCGAGUACAGAUGGAAAGGAAAGAGCCCUUGGGUGGAGUCAGUUCUGAUGUGAAGAAAGAUAUCCCAGAUGUUAUCAGCAGAGUUCACCAACCACAUAUACAAGGAAGUAUAUUAAUAAAUCUACCAACAGAAGGAGGUCCUCUUGGUAUACAUGUGGUUCCCGAUUACAAUGAAGAAGGGAAAGAAAAUGGAUUACUGGUACAUGGAGUUGAACCUGGAGGGAGGGUUGACAAAGAUGGUCGUCUGCGAGAAAACGAUAGAAUUGUAGAAAUCAAUGGAAUCAGUUUAGUUAAUGUCAGCUUUAUAAGUGCCAGACAAACAUUUAGUGAAUCUAUGAAAGGAGAUGAAAUCAAAAUACGAAUUGUUAAAAAGAAACCAGCACCAGCCUUACCCAAACAACCACCACCGACCCUACCAAAACCAAGGGGAUAUUCUCCAACAAAACCUUCUCCAUUGUCCUUGCCACCACCAAAACUAGACAGUUCUAAUUGUUUAUCUCCAACUGGUCCUGAUAAAACUAGUACACCUACUGAUUCUGGUCCCAGUUCUAGCAAUAGUCCAUUAGGCUCAGACUCAACAGAUGGGAGACCAGUCGCCAGAGAUCCACAACCAAUAAAACCAGGACCACCUAUUAGACCUGGUUUACCAAGCAAACCACAGUCCCCAACAAAGAAAACUCCACCAGCAGUGCCAGUUCGAGAUCCCAAGACUUCACUGUCAUCUCAAGAGAAUGCAAUUAUAGCUCCAACUAAUACCAAGAAAAUUGGAACAAAAAUUUCGCUCCAGUUGAAAAAAGGUCCAUCUGGUCUGGGAUUCAGUGUGACUACAAGAGACAAUCCGGCUGGAGGUUUUACUCCUAUUUAUAUAAAAAAUAUUCUCCAGAAAGGUGCAGCCAUUGAAGAAGGCACAUUGAAGGCUGGUGAUAGGCUUCUCAUGGUUAAUGGUGUGGAUAUGGAUGGGAAGUCCCAGUCAGAAGUUGUUGCAUUGCUACGUAACGUUAAACUUAACGAGACUGUCAGUUUAGAGAUAUCUCGACAGGUUACUGAGGAAGAUCGAUUUAAAGUCCCUAGACAAUUGAACAUAGAAAAACAAAAUGUCUUGCAGCCUACAGAGAAAUCUGGAGAUGAUGGCUCACUCGCUUUAUUGAAAAAUAAAGAAAUAUUAUCUCUGGACAUUCCAUUGAAUGACACAGGAUCAGCAGGUCUGGGUGUUAGUGUGAAGGGAAAAACAAUAACUAUUCCAGAACAGGGGACCAGAGACUUAGGAAUAUUUAUAAAGGCAGUAAUAAGUGGAGGAGCAGCAUCAAGGGAUGGUAGAUUAGCAAUAAAUGACCAAUUAUUAGAAGUCAAUGAUGAAAGUCUCAGAAAUCUUUCCAACUCUGAAUCUAUGGAAACAUUAAGAAAAGCUAUGCAAAAAGAAGGUGUUAUCCAAGGACACAUACAUUUAACUAUAGCACGUAAAAUAGGUGCACCUUCUCCCUCUCCAUUCCAGGAGAGUUCUACGGACUAUUUCCUUUAUAAUGGUCUAAACAAAUCCAGUGAUUAUUCAGAAUCUAAUGACUCAAAAGAGAUUGUUUCUGUACCACCUGAUAUAACUCAAAAUAUACAUCCUGUAGAACUGAAGGAUUAUGGGGUAGAUAAAUCUCGGAACUUUUUAAUUGAGAGAUUAAUGGGAGCAAGCAAUGGACUAAGAAAUGAGUCAUAUACACGUGCUACUCAUGAUAGUUUUAAUGACAGUGGUAAUGUUUCGUCACCAGAAGUGUCACCUAUAAAACCUUUAAAAAGUGCUCCAACUGUUCAUGAACUGUUAGAGAGAAAUACAAGGAAUUCUAUAUUGAUUGAGGAGGAUUCUCAGGAACCACAGACAAGAAUGCGACCCCAUUCUACACUUGGAAUUCUUCGUCACAAUUCUACAAACAGUUCCAGUUCAGAGGAGGGGAACCAGCAGCCUCCUUGGUUACAAAGUCAGGACUGGGAUAGGCAUCCUAGCACUACUAGUGAAGAAUUAGUAAGUCCUAUGGGUGAUGCAGCAACGUUCAGUCGUGAAGGAUUUGGUAGACAGAGUAUGUCAGAGAAACGCAAGGGCCAUAUUGAUCCUAAUCAGAGUGAGGUCUAUCAGAAAAUCAAAACUAUUAGGGAUAGUAAUAGAGGUGUUGCUACAAGGAAAACCCUUUCUUUUCACAUACCAGCUCAAAGUGGCCAGAAGAGAGUGUCAUCAAACUUUGUUAGAGUAGGCUCUAUGGAAUCAUUAAUGAGUAAUGGAAACAGAUCCAGGUUACCUCCCCUUCCAUUGAAGAAUGUUCACUAUCCAGCCAAUGGUCAAAAAUCACAGCAGCCUGUGGUAUCAAAUCUCAAAAGAUUUGGAUCAUUGGAAAACCUUGCAACAACAGGAACAAGUUCUGAUAAUGAAGACAAGAGGGAAAGUCCAGAAAUAAUAGAAAGUUCUCCUAGUCCUGAGCUACCACACAUGGCACGGGGAAGGAAAUGUAAUGAUAGUUUUCGAGCGGCGGUGGAUAGAUCAUAUGACCCUCCUACCCCACAUAGUACUAUGGAUACAUGUAAUCGUAACAAUGACUCUGAACCAGAGGAGGAAGAUGAUCCAUUAAAUUCAAGCGGUGGUUUUGCCGUACAAGGCGAGGUGGAAGAAGAAAGCAGUGAGAGUAACUUACCUAACUCAGCCAGGUCAUCUGUCAGCAGUGAUCAUACAGAUGAUAAUAAAAAGACCAAGAAGAAAAAUCCUAAAGAUAAAAAAGGAGGCAUUCUUAAGGGAAUUUUCAGAAUUGGUAAGCACAAGAAAACAGAGGAACCUGCUCAAACGUUGGAGGAUGAUCAGGAUAGUCUGAAAGAGGCUGAGCUACAGUUCAAGGUCAGAGAGGAGACUAUCAGGGCACACCAAAAGGAACAAGAAAGGGCACAAGAGCAAUUUCGUCGUCUCCAAGAAUCCAAUCAACCUUCCGAGCAGUACCGUUUACUACAGCAUUAUCAUGGAUCUAAUAGGAGCUUUGACAGCGACCAAUCUCCACCAAGCAAUAUGUCUCGUGCUGACUGGAUACAGUAUUUAAGAAUGGAGCAUCAGCGUAAACAUCGUGAGAGACAAGGGCAUUACCCUCAUGAGGAUAGGGAGGAGUAUCAUGAGAAGGAAAUACAGCAAUCAUUAGAAAAACCUCAGUUUCAUGGGGACAGUGCAAUACACCACAAUAUGUAUCAUCAGAAACCUAGAUCAUUAAGUCGACAGCAAUUUGACAGACCAGAACAUUACCAAGUACAUCCAUCUCAUCAUCAUUAUGAGCAAAGAGAACAACCACGAUACCAACGGCAGCCUGCUGCAGAAAUCUUUCAUCAGAGACAAAGUAGUGAUACUCUAGACAAUACACAUUCAUAUAGAGACAAUUUUGUUCCUCGUAUGCCAUCCAGAAGCCAUACUCCUAUUGAGAGAUACUUUGAUGGAGAACUCAGUUAUCAUGAAAAACCAGUACGAUAUGAACAUUCAUCUGGAUAUUAUAGAGACCCAAUAUUUGCAUACAGGGACCCAGUAUAUCCUUCAGUGGCAGGAAAAAGACCUGUUCAAACUAUAUCACAAUCAGGAUCAGCAAAAGUUUGACAAAUGAUAAAAAAUAAUUAUAACCAUGAAAUAGGUAUUACGUUGAAUGAAAAGAAAACUAUUCACAACUAAACUGGUCAUCAUUACACAACAUUCAUACUUCAGUAUCUUAUCUAUCUUUUUGACAUAUAUAACAAUAGUAAGAAUUCAAAUUCAUUCAUUUCAAAUGUUGAUUUAAUUUGAUAGUAAAAAUGUACCAAAUAAGAUGAGAGAGAAUGUUUUCCUGACUGAUAAAAAUUACCAUUACAUUGUAAUAAACUGAUGUUUUAUUUACCUUUUGAUUUAACAUUGAUUAAAGUUCAAUUCCCUUCAAUUGUGAGAAAUUUUGGCAACUAUUUUUAAAAAGAUUUUGCUCUCUCAACCCAAGAUGUCAACAUAUCUAUUACAAGGUUAAAUAUAUAUAAGUAGAGAAUGUUAUUGCAUUUCUUGCCUCCCUUUGUCUUCUCAGCAACAUAAAAAAGAACAAAAGGAAUGAAUUUUGCAAAAUGCCACUUUUGUUCUCCCCUGUUAGCAUAGCAAUAGUAAGUUGUGAUAGAAUGUCACUAUUUGACAGAGGGUAUAUAAUAUAUCAUUGUAAUGAUUUAUAGUGGACAAAAUUGUACUUCUGGACUUUUAUUUAAGAUUUUAUUGAUUUAACUUUUUUUAUGAGUUUAUAUUCUUUAUUUCUACUUGUAACCUGUAUGAAAUUAUAGAUUUUAAGUUCUACUUCAUUUUUGUCAGUAAAGUUCGUUAAAAAGAUGCAUGAACAGAAACAAGUUCAAUGAUUAAUAAUAAUCAUAUUUUAUACAAGUUUUAUCUGUUUCAUGUUGAAAACCAAGUUAAACAGUUCCUGUACUUAAAAUUGUCUUUAAAAAUGUAUUUUUUCUUGAAUACAAAAACACGAGUUUGAACAAAUGGUUGUGAAUCAGCAGUUACAAAACUGUUUAUAUCAAAUAUGCCUCAUUUAUAUUGAUGUGUUGUUUUAUUUAUUGCACUUUUAAUAUCUUUAGUUAGUGCUAUGCAGUAUUUGUUAUUUUUGCUGCAAAUGGUUGUAAUAUUUUUAUUUUACACAUGUGCCUUUUUAAAUUUCUUUUAAAUUUUAUAGCAUCUAGUCUUUUAAAUAUCUGUGUGCAACACUUUUUUCUUGAAUCUAGGGUCAGUAAGGCUAAUAUUUGUCUUUAAAUGUUUGAAGGAAGAUGAGAAAAACUACAUGAUUUACCAAACUUGUUUGAUAAUGAUAGACAUUAACAUUGCUCAGAAUAGAACAGAAAUUUUAACCAAUUGAUUCAUUUUUGUGCUCCUUUAAAUUGCAUGUAGUGAUAUGGUUAAUCUAUCACACAUUUGAAAGGUCACUGGUUAAAGGUGAAAGUUUAUAAAAAGAUUAAUAAGAUGCUGAAUGUUUUACCCAUAUAAAAGUAUAUAAACCGAGUUGCAUUUUUCAAGCAAACAUUCCUCUGAAGAUUAUUGUAUGGACAAAAACAAAAUACAAGAUAAAUAAGGCUGUAUGAAAUUAUAAAUAUAACC